AUGGAAUGUCCCAAUCUGCCCCAUAGCAACCUGAAGGAUGUCCUGCAAAAACUGGACCAAACUGAGUUGGACAAUUUCAAGAGAGUCCUAAGGACCUAUCCUCUGCCAGAUGCCCUGAAACAGAUCCCCCAGAUUACAUUGAACCUGGCCAAUGGAGUUCAGCUAGCAGAAAUUCUCACAGAGUACUGCCCCACUGGUUGGGUGGAGAGACUCACCCUGCAAAUCUUAAAAGAGCUAAACCGUGAAGAUCUUGCUAUGUUAGUAGCAAUACAAAUGGGACAAGCACCAUUGAAAACACCUGGUAAAAAGGAUUCUCCUUUCGCAUUAGAACACAAGUAUAAAAAGAGCUGGUUGGAUAAAUACAUGAAUGAAUGGAAAUAUAGCUUCUGGCCUACAUGCAAUGAAAAACUCUACAUAGAGACUGAGAGCUACAGGACACUCAUGACAUUAUGUAAUCCGAAGGCAGGAAUGCCAUUUGCUCAUGCAAUAGUGUUGCAUGGCCCUCCACAUUCUGGCAAAACCACAGUGGUCAAGAGGCUAAUGCUGCAAUGGUCAGAGAGCAAGCAGGCCCAGAUGUUCCCAUGUGCCUUCUACAUCAGCUGCGGGGUGAUUAAUCAAACUAGACCUUGCACUUUUGCACAGCUCCUCACCAUGGAAAAACCCUCGUGGAGAAAGUAUGUGAUGAAGUCCCUAGCCAUGGGAGAAAACUUCUUGUUUGUGGUGGAUGGUUUUGAUGAGCUGAAAUUCCCAGCAGAAGUGCUGAUGCAUGACAUCUGUGGGGACUGGAACACAGAGAAGCCUGCAGUUGUCCUGCUGAGCAGUUUGCUGCAGAGGAAGAUGGCCCCCCAUGCCACGCUGCUGGUGACCACACAAACAAAGGCGUUACGGCAAAUCCACCUUAUGAUAGAUCAGCCCUUCCUUGUAGAAAUUCGGGCCUUCUCGGAACGGGAGAGGCAGGAAUACUUUCAAAUAUUCUUUAAAGCCCCCGCCGGCGAGCAGGGUGGUGAUGACACGGAGGAGAGCGAUGAUGUAAGAGCACUAAGAGCUUUCAGUGCACUGAGAGGCAGUGAGGCUCUCUUCCACAUGGCCUCACUUCCUUCUGCAUGUUCGAUAUUCUGCGUCUGUCUGGACCAAGGGAUGAGGAAGAGGGAAGACCUUGCUCAGACGUGCCAGACCCAGACGUCUAUGUUCCUGAACUUCCUCUUCAGUGUCCUCUCCCCAGAAACCUACGAAAGCUGUUUAAAAACGCAAGUCCAGAGCACGUUCAGGAAAAUGUGUAUCCUGGCUGCUGAUACUCUGUUGGAACAGCUGCACGUGGUCUGUAAAGACGACUUGUUGAGAGUAGAAGUGAACCCGAAUUCUAUGCAUUUUCUUGAUUGCAGGAAUAUCCUUGAUCAGAAGGAUGAGAGCCAAUGCUACACCUUCUACCACCUCAGUGUCCAGCAGCUCAUGGCUGCCAUCAUAUUUGUUCAGGAACUUGAGAAAGAAGAUAAACAUGUCUCUAAAUACAGUAUACAGAAAUUGCUUUCUAGGGAAGCAAGAUUAAAGAACCCCAACCUGUCAGGAGUGCUACCAUUUGUAUUUGGACUCUUGAAUGAGACUCGACUUCAAAAGUUGGGGACCUGUUUUGACUUCCAAAUAUCAAUUAGGGUCAAGAGGAAACUCCUGGAGUAUAAGUCGGGGGAAAAUAAACCCUUCCCUUUACUGAUAGAUCGACAACAGAUUUUGUCCUGUCUCUAUGAAUCUCAAGAUAAGGGGCUUGUGAAGGAAGUCAUGGCCCUCUUUGAGGAAAUCUCCUUAGAUUUGAAAACCAGCACGGACCUCAUAAAUGCUUCAUUUUGCCUCAAGAAUUCUCAAAAUCUGCAGACAGUGUCCCUACAAGUGGCAAAGGGGAUCUUCCCAGAAAAUGAUGCUGUAUUGGAGUCCACAGCUCAGUAUCAAAGGUCUCAGGACAGCCAACACCUGCUAGCUUUCUGGACAGACUUUUGUGACUUGUUUAAUUCAAAUGAGAAACUGGUCUUUCUGAAUAUCAGCAAGAGCUUCUUCAGCAGAUCCUCACUGGAGAUUCUGUGCGAAAAACUGUCCUCUGCUCCCUGCCGUCUCCAGAAAGUGCUCCUCAAAAACAUUUCCCCAGCCAAUGCAUACAAGCAAUUGUGCCUCAUUUUUAAUGGUUAUGAAACCCUCUCACAUCUGACCCUGAAAGGUGACAACCUGAGCACCAUUCUUCCCUCGCUGUGUGAAGUUAUGAAACAUCCAGCAUGCAACCUUAAGUUUCUCAGUCUGUGUUCUUAUCCUACUGGUAUUCAGAAAUGGGAUGACUUCUUCCAGGCCAUCAAAGUCAGACAAUCCCUGACAUGUCUGGACCUCACAGACAAUGAACUCUUGGACAAGGGUGCCAGGCUGAUGUGUAAGACUUGGAAGCAACCGAACAGCACACUGCAGAGGGUGUCGUUGGAGAAUUGUCACCUCACUGAAGCCUGUUGCAAGGACAUCUCUUCCAUUUUGAUGGUCAGCCAGGCUCUGACACACCUCAAUCUAGCCAAGAACGUUCUUGGAGAUAAUGGAGUGAAAGUCCUGUGUGAAAGCUUAAGCUAUCCCGAGUGUAAACUACAGACUCUGGUACUGUGGUCCUGUAACAUCACCAGCGAAGGCUGCCGCCAUCUCUCAAAGAUGCUCAGCCAGGCAUCGAGUCUAGAGCACUUGGAUCUGGGGCAGAAUUGUAUCAGAACCCCAGGUACAAGGUUUCUGUGUGAAGCGUUGAAGGAACCCCAGAGUAACUUGAAAAGUCUGUGGCUGUAUGGAUGCUCCAUGACUCCAAACAACUGCAAAGAUUUUUCUGAGACUCUCAGAAACAACAAGAGCCUGAACACUCUAGACCUGUCUCAGAACAACUUGGGAACUGAUGCAGUCAAGACAUUCUGUGAAGACUUGAAACACAAUGUUUGCCCCCUUCAAACACUCAGGUUGAAAUUUGAUGACGCUAACCUGAGUAUCCAGAAGCUGAUCCAAGAAAUGAAAAAGAGCCAUCCACAACUGACCAUUAACAACGACCAAUCAGAUCCUAAGAGAAAGGGAUCUUCUUUGCCUCAUUUUAUCUUUUGA